AUGGCGGCGGCAAGAAUUCAAGUGACAAUUUGUCGACGACCUUUGCUGCUACUUACAUUGAUAAUAAUUGCUAUUUUUGUUUUCCGUGCUUUUCUUAAUGUUCGUUUUGGUGGUGGGUCUAGAAAUAGAUCCGGUGAAAUUAGCAUGCUGACUCUAAACAUUUGGUAUUCAAGCGAAAAGAUGCAAGAAAGGAUGGAAGCAGUGGGAGAGUUAGUUCAAGAUCUCGAUCCAGAUUUCCUUAUAUUUCAAGAAGUUGCUCAAAACAAUCUUCUACUUUUGGAAAAGCAAGGCUGGUUUUCUCGAUAUUACUUAAUUCCACCGAAAGCUGACACACUGAAGCGCAUCGAGGUGGGGAAAAGCUGUGCAGUUAUUUUAAGUAGGUAUGUUGUGAACGACUGGCAACAGCACGCGUAUAACAGUUUCGGUAAAUAUCGCCGUGCAUUUGUAGCUGGAGAAUUUGAUGAUGUCGUUCCAUCGAUCAAAACUAAAUUAGUAGUUGCAGGUACGCACUUGUCACACGAUGUACCAAGAUCUAGGAUUCGAGAAGAACAGUUAAAAGAAGCACUUCAAAUCCUUAACCCUUACAAAAAUGUUUGCUUCAUGGGUGAUUUGAACAUUGUGGAUGAAGUUGAUGGGGAGGUUGUGCUACCGUCGCCAUGGUUUGACGCUUGGCUUUCUCUCCCUGGAAAUACUCACAGCAGUGGAUACACUAUUUCACAAAACACUUCUCCUUUUGCUUCCGUUAGAAAAAGAAAUGGAACUAGUAAAGGACGUCUUGAUCGCAUUCUUUGCAAAUUUUCAGACUUUGAAGUUAAAGAAAUGAAAGUUGUCGGUAAUAAACUUACCAAAUCUGGUAUUUUACCCAGUGAUCAUUUUGGAGUAUUUGCUAUCAUCAAGCCAACAACAAGAACUAACAGGCGGAGAAAAGUUUCUCAACCUGAGAGUGAACAAGUUUACUUUAAGAGACCACUACGUUGGGAAAAGUUAUAA